AUGGCAAAAUCAUCGAAAUCAGCCAAUGGCUCGCAUGAGAUGGCUCCAGUGCCAUCUCAUGUCGGACAGGUCCUCGAAGACCCCUCGGUGACGCAUGAUGCCGUCUUUGGCGAGAUCACAGCAGAUGGACCCAAUUAUCGCAACGUCGGGUGGCUAGGGACAUCGGUCUUGAUGAUGAAGACACAAAUCGGCCUCGGCGUUCUUUCGAUGCCUUCCAUCUUCGACGUUCUUGGAAUCGUCCCAGGUGUCAUCAUUCUCUGCACCAUUGCAGGAAUCACUACCUGGUCAGAUUACAUGGUUGGAGUCUUCAAGCUUCGCCAUCCACAAGUAUACGGAAUGGACGAUGUAGGAGAGCUGUUGUUCGGUCGUAUCGGACGCGAAGUCUUUGGUGCAUUCUUUGUACUUUUCUUCACCUUUACUGCUAGUUCUGCCAUGAUUGGUGUUUCUACUGCCUUGAAUGCCGUCUCCCAUCAUGGAGCUUGCACUGCCAUAUUUGUUGCUGUGGCCGCCAUUGCUAGUUUCUCAUUAGCCAGCAUACGAACUCUGGGCCGCAUUACAUGGCUUGCAUGGGUAGGAGUCACAAGUAUUAUGGUUGCGGUCUUCACCGUAACUAUCGCUGUUGGCCUUCAGGACCGCCCUGCCGCAGCGCCCACCGACGGCGUAUUCGUGUCCGACUUCAAAAUAAUCAACAAUCCUACCUUUACAAAGGCCAUCUCGGCCAUCUCAUCAAUCGUCUUUUCCUACGCUGGAACUGGUGCCUUCUUCCCGAUCGCGGCAGAGAUGAGGGAUCCUAGAUACUACACCCGUGCUUUGCUCCUUUGCCAGGGCGUGGUGACUUCUGUUUAUGUGGCUGUGGGGGUCGUCGUGUACUACUUCUGCGGCUCUUAUGUCUCUUCGCCUGCCCUUGGCUCUGCUGGACCCUUGGUUAAGAAGGUCGCGUAUGGUCUUGGUCUUGCUGGGCUGUUGGUCUCGUCGACCCUCGUAACUCACUUGGCUAGCAAGCAUGUUUUCGUCCGCAUCCUCCGUGGAUCGAGGCAUCUCACUGCUAACACUGCUGUUCAUUGGCUCACCUGGCUUGGGUCUACCUUUGGUGUCACUCUCGUAGCAUAUCUUGUUGCUAGUGGCAUUCCCGUCUUCAACAGUCUUAUCUCCCUCGUCGGUGCACUCCUGGGCACUUUCAUGUCAUUCCAACCGAUGGGUUGCAUGUGGCUUUACGACAACUGGAGCAAGGGGAAGGUAGCACCAACGUUGCGGUGGAGACUGAUGGUCGUUUGGAGUGUAUUUGUCAUCGCAUCCGGAACCUUCCUAAUGGUUGCCGGAACUUACAGCACGAUUCUUGGUAUUGUGGACGACUACAAACAGACAGGUGGUUCUUCAGUGUGGUCUUGUGCCGACAAUUCAGGUACAGUCUAA